GGAGUCAUUGGCAGUAUCGUGAAGAAGAUGGGUUGGGAGUAUGUGGGAAUCAAUAAAUAAGGGUUCUUGCUUUCUUGAUUGGCAGAGUGCAUGGGGUCAGUUUUUGGUCGUCUUCAGGGGUCCAGGGGCCAAGUGGGGUUCUUCAAAGACGCUGGCUUGAACGGCAUUAGGGCUAAGUGUACAGAAGCCUGAAGGGGUCAGUGAUUGGCGGUUCCAAGUUCUGUUUGGGUACCUGGAACUGGCGAUUAUGGAAACUUUGAGGUUUAGUGAGGGAACCAAUGUUUGGAAAAGUGCUUUAGGCCGUCAGUGAUGAAGACUUCCCUUAGGUCACCGAUGGGAGGAUCUGAAGGUUCUUUCUGGCAAAGGUAAUGACAUGUCCAUCUGUGACAGCAUCCCGAGAGUAAGGCUGGUUUCUGCAAAUCUAUUCCGACUUCAUGGCAGCUAGGAUGGAUGUGACCUUGCCUGUGGUUAGAAAACAAAGAGUUUACUGAGCUCCCUGAGUCUCCUGUACACCUUUGGGUCCCGCCACCUCACUGGACAGCAGGACUCUCUACAGGGCCAUGGGACCUUCGUCACAUGUAUAGAAGGCCCUGCCUGGGACUGCAGCUGAGGGAUCAAAUUCAGGAUCACAUGCUGCCUUUGCUUGGCAUAUUCCUUUAGUGUCCUUUAAUCGGGAUUGGUUCCUCAGUCUUUGUCUUUCAUGAAGUCAACAUUUUUGAAGAGUACAGGUCUCAGAUCUUUUUCCAAGAACAGCAGAAAAUGAUUGAGUACCAGCAGAGACCAGUGUCAUUCAAGGACGUGGUAGUGGGCUUCACUCAAGAGGAGUGGCACAGGCUGAACCCGGCUCAGAGGGCCCUGUACCGGGAUGUGAUGCUGGAGACCUACAGCAAUCUCGUCUCAGUGGGUUAUAAAGGCACCAAACCAUAUGUGAUCCUCAAGCUGGAGCAGGAGGAAGCACCAUGGAUUUGUGAGGCAGCAUGCUCAGGCUGCCACUGUCGGGAAAACAUUUGGCAAGUUAAUGUCCAGAGGAAAAGACAGCAAGACAUGCUUUUGAGGCAAGGUGCAUUCAUCAGCAAGAAAACAAUACCCAAGGAAAGACGUCAUGAAUAUAAUAAGUUUGGGAAAAUAUCACGUUUGAGCACUGAUCUUUUUCCUUCAAUCCAGAACCCCAUUAACUGUGGAAAGAGUAUAAACCAUAAUUUAGACUCGAUUGGUAUUAAAAGAAGCUAUUCAAUAAAACAAGAUGAGUGCUAUGUAUGCGGUAACUUGUUACAGCAUACAAACCAUGAUAGAAGACCUAAUGGAGAAAAACCCUGGGAAUGUAGACACUGUGAGAAAGCUUUCAGUCAUAACCCAGCACUUACGUCUAAACCAGCAGUAACCAAUUCUCUUGUGUACAAACGUAAGAGGGUUCCACCUACAGAGAAACCCCAUGUCUGUAGUGAGUGUGGAAAAGCCUUCUGCUACAAGUCUGAAUUCAUUAGGCAUCAGAGAAGUCACACUGGGGAGAAACCAUAUGGAUGCUCUGACUGUGGGAAAGCAUUUUCACAUAAGUCAACCCUCAUUAAACACCAGAGAAUUCACACUGGGGUAAGACCCUUUGAAUGUUUUUUUUGUGGGAAAGCCUUCACCCAGAAGUCACAUCGCAGAGAACACCAGAGAACACAUACAGGAGAGCGACCCUUUGUCUGCAGUGACUGUGGGAAGUCAUUUGGUGAGAAGUCAUACCUCAAUGUGCAUCGAAAAAUACAUACAGGAGAAAGACCCUAUCGUUGCAGAGAAUGUGGAAAGUCCUUCAGCCAAAAGUCAUGCCUCAAUAAGCACUGGAGAACUCAUACAGGAGAAAAACCCUAUGGAUGCAGUGAAUGUGGCAAAGCUUUCUAUCAGAAGCCAAACCUCAGUAGACAUCAGAAAAUUCAUGCUAGGAAAAAUGCCUAUAGGAAUGAAAACCUGAUUGUGGGAAAGCCUUGAAUAAGAUCAUCCUAUUUCAUUAUAUGUAGAGGAAUUUAUCCUUAGGAGAAAUCUCAUUGAUUAAAUGAAUUUGGACAGUGUUUUACCAUAAGGGAUGUCAUACUCUAAUUGUGGUAGAAGGUUUUACACAAAAGGUUAUAGAAAAUACUCAAUAAAACAAAAACAUGGUCAUGCUAGCUUAUGAAAACUUAAAAAUGUAUUAAACAGAAUCACAACGUGACACAAAAUAUAUGUGAAAAGAAUUAGAGGUAUAUGUUUCACACUGAGCCAUAUAAUAACUACUAUAGAUAUUUUGGAAUUGUAAAUGUGAAAGACAUAUGUCACAUAGCAUGUAGAAUGCCAUUCACCAAACUUUCCAUUCUAAAUAUCAUUAUUGUCUUUGGUGUCUCUAACAAUACAAAAAACAAAAAUAACAUGGCCAACUAUUUUUUAAGAAACCUUAAUAUAUUAUACCAGCUACAUUUUCCCAUUUUUUUUACAAUACACGUAAAUGGCUAUAAUAUUUGUUACUGGGCCCCCUUCUGAAUAGUAAGGCAAUGUUUUAAUGUCUUUUGUUAAGUUAAGCAAAAACUUUAUUAAACACUUUUAACAUUAAAAAGGCACUUAUCUUGCCUUCAUUAUUGUAAUACAUAAGUAAUAAAUAUAUUAUUAGGUAAGUACACAAUAAAUUUAUUUUGCCUUUAUUAAUAGUGAAAAGGAAUAGUUUCACUAUGGGCCAUUUGGUGAACAAAAUACUAUAAACUUGAUUACUCAGCACACUCAUUAUUUGACAGAAAGUGUGGCCCUGGCAUAUUGUACACUAUUCCUAUUUUCUUAGUCUUGCUCAAAAUGUCUUUUAGCAGAUUAGUAGGGGAGACAUUCUAGCUUUUCAUCAUUCCAGUCUUUGAGAAAAGUACUUCCUUGAGCUGACAUGUCAUCCGUAUAAGAAAACAAAUGGCCACAUUGUUCAAGAUUUGACUCCCUGAAAGUAUGCCUGAUCCAGAAUGAGAGAGGAAAUGUAUCACAGAUAAAUAUAUCAUUUAAAAAAUUAUAAAAGAUACUUCAUGCAACUCUAGAUCAACAUUUUUAAAACAGAGGACAUAGAUGCUUUUCUAGCAAAAUAAUGUUAUGCAAGUUGUAGUAAGUAGAAAACUUGAUAUAACAAGUACCAGUGAACAAUUUGUAAAAGUGAUUAGUGAUUGAAAAUUGCUCUAGGCCCAGAUGAUUUCAUGAUUAGUUCUAACUUUUAAAGAAAGAGUAAUACUAAUAUUAUUUAAAAUAUUUCAGCCCAUAUAUUAUGCUUCCCAAUUUAUCUUAUGAAGUCAGAAUAAGUUUAACACCAAAAUCAAAUAAAGGUAGUUAGGAAAAAGAAAACUCAAGACCAGUCUUACAAAUAUGGAAACAAAAACUACAAAAAUAAUAACAAAUAGAAUUCAGCAAUAUACCUAAAGAAUGGUUUUAUGAUGACCAUGAUCUACUCCAAGAAUGCACAGCCAAUACAGUAAUAGAAAAUAUAUCAAUAAAAUUAACGGCUUGAACGGACAUACUACUAAUAGAUGUAUUUACUAGAAUUUGCAAACAUUUUUAAUCGAAUAAAAUAUAAAUUAAGUUGUAACAAUUUGUAACCACUUGAGUUCUUUACCAAAACCCCAUAGCAUAUAUUAUUGCUGAAACCAUUUUUUAAAAAUAAAGAAUUUAAUAAUAUUAGUGAUAAGGAUGCCCUUUUCCUAUUUUUACUGAAUAUUGAAGUUUCCAGUGAAGGCAAUUAAAUUUAAAUAAUAUAAACAAUGGAAAAGAAAAGAUAAAACUCUUUGCUGAUGAUGUGAUUAUAUACCAAUAAAGUGACUAAUAUUUUUUUAAAGAUAAUUUUCUAAGAGGUAGGAUAGAAAAAUCGAGCAUUUCUUUGUAGGUAUCUAAUAAUUUAGAUGCACUUCUUUUGGAAUUACACUAAAUCUCAAAUCUUUUUAUCUUCUCAUGUGAAAUGAUCUUAAAUUCCAUGUGGAAAAGUAAAUGCCUGAGACUCCAAUAAGAAAAGUAUGAAAAAAGUUUCAUAGCUGAUGUCAGAAUAUAACAAUUGUUAUUCUAAUCAAAUUAAUACAGUAUUGGCAACAGAAGAGAUAAUUAAAUCAGUGGAACAGAAUAGAAAAUCCUGAAAAAUAUAGCUUAGUAUAUAUGAGCUUUUCACGGAUUGGAAAUGUGGAAUUUCAAGCCAUAGGGAAAAAGAAUAGUUUAUUUUAAAAGAAUUGUGGCUUUUAAUCAGGGAGAAGGUAAAGUUGAACUAACAAUGCAAAUGGUAUAUAUAUAUUUUAAUUCCAGGUGAAUUUAAGAUUAAAAAUUUUUUAAUAAUAAAAUUCUUGAAAGAAAAAGACCACAUGUACAACCUAGGAGCUGGGAGAGAUUACCAACACAGGACACUCAAAAGCUAUUAAGAAACAAAUAUUUUAUUAUAUAAACAGUAUAACCUUUGGCAUGGCAAAAGUUGCCAUUAAAGUCAGUAAAUAAACAGUAAUUCGGGUAACACAUCUGCAGAGCCAAUCAAACAAAGAGUGCUCUUCAGAUUAACAGGGAAAAGGUAGCCCAAGAGGAAAACAUGAUAAAGAAUGUUAAUAGACAGUGUGACAAGAGCAAAUCAAGUGGGCUGAUGAGCCCAUCAAGACAUAGUUAGCUUCAGUAGUUGUGGAAGGACACAGAUAAAUUAUAAUGAGAUAACAAUGUGCAAUCAAACUGACCAGCAGGACUGGUUUUUGCUGUCAGAACAAAGGGUGGGAACAAAUUGUUACAGCUCUUUUAGAAAAACCUGGCAAUAUCGAUUGUAACUUAAAAUUCUUAUGCCACUUUGGAUACUUCUUAGAAGUAAAACUCUAAUGCAUAAAAGAGAGAUGAACCUGGAAAUUAUUAUAAAAUUAUUCCUAGUGGCAAAAAACACUAGAAUUGAAAUAAAUGCUCUUUAUUAGGGAAAUUGGAAGAAAGAAAGCAUAUCCAUUCCAUAGCAUGUGUUUAUAGCCAUUAAGAUGGACAAAUAAAUCCACACUGGUGGACUUGAAUGGAAUCCCACAAUGUUAUCUUGAGCAAAGAAGGCAAGGUAAAAGUAAUGUGUAAAAUAUGACCCUGUUUUUAUAAGUCAGUGACAAAAUACCUCUAGGUCUUUAUGAAUGAUAAACUUGUGUUCAUAUAUGUUUGUGUACAAUUUUAUAUGCAUGGAGAAAACUAUAGAAGAGUAUGCAUUGGGUUGGGAGGGGAGUGGGUGAUGCAGGUGGCCUAUGGGGGCAUUGGAGAGGGAAAAUGAAAACCAAAAAGCAAAAAUAUAUACAUGACUGAACCAAGUAUGAUAUCUCAAAUGUGUGAUUAAUUAAAGAAAUGUAAGGGGCAAGCUAGAACUCUACUCAUUUGUGGAGAUGUUCAUGGUAUAUUGUUAAGUGAAAAGAGCAAAUUGCAGAAUUAUGUAUAUGAACCUAUUUUUAAAAAUAAAUGUGUAUUUAUGUGUAUAUAUGCAUGUAUAUGUUUAUAUGAACAAAGAAAACUGGAAAGAUAUACGAGGUGUUAAUUAACAUUGGUUACCUUGGUGAGGAAGGGAAAUAUAAGUGUUUAUAUAUCUUUGUGUGGUUUUACUUGUUACGACAUACUACUUUUGUAAUUUGAAAAAAUAAAUGGGGAAAAGUUUCCAAAUGCA